GCUCUGGGAGGGGACGAGGAGCAGGACGAGCCCCUUGAAGCAACCCGGAAAAACUUUGGUAGUUCAGCGGGAGGAAUUAGCUUCAACUGUUCGUGUCACCGCAUCCACACUGGAACUGAAGACCGCGGCGCUCAGAGGGGAUGCUGGGGGUCGCAGGAAUGACGGGCAGCAUCGCUAAUGCCCUGGCCAAUGCGGCCUGCGAGCGAUGUAAGAGUGGCUUCGCUCCGACAGAGAAGAUCGUCAACAGUAAUGGGGAGCUGUACCACGAGCACUGCUUUGUGUGUGCCCAGUGCUUCCAGCAGUUUCCAGAGGGACUCUUCUAUGAGUUUGAAGGAAGGAAAUACUGUGAACAUGACUUCCAGAUCCUCUUUGCUCCUUGCUGUAACCAGUGUGGGGAGUUCAUCAUCGGUCGUGUCAUUAAGGCCAUGAACAAUAGUUGGCACCCAGACUGCUUCUGCUGUGACAUUUGCCAGGCGGUGCUUGCAGACGUGGGAUUUGUCAAAAAUGCUGGCAGGCACCUCUGUCGCCCGUGCCAUAACCGUGAGAAAGCCCGUGGCCUCGGCAAGUACAUCUGCCAGAAGUGCCAUUCUAUCAUAGAGGAGCAGCCACUGAUCUUUAAGAAUGAUCCUUAUCAUCCGGACCACUUCAACUGCAACAACUGUGGGAAGGAAUUGACUUCAGAUGCCAGGGAACUAAAGGGAGAGCUUUACUGUUUGCCCUGCCACGACAAGAUGGGUGUACCAAUCUGUGGUGCCUGCAGGAGACCCAUCGAGGGGCGUGUUGUCAAUGCUAUGGGCAAGCAGUGGCAUGUGGAGCAUUUUGUGUGCGCCAAGUGUGAGAAACCUUUCCUUGGCCAUCGCCACUAUGAGAGAAAGGGGUUGGCGUACUGCGAGACUCAUUAUAACCAGCUCUUCGGCGAUGUGUGCUAUCACUGCAACCGUGUGAUUGAGGGCGAUGUGGUGUCUGCCCUGAACAAGGCCUGGUGUGUCAGUUGUUUCUCCUGCUCCACCUGCAACACCAAACUCACUCUCAGAAAUAAGUUUGUUGAGUUUGACAUGAAGCCUGUCUGUAAAAAGUGCUACGAGAAGUUUCCUCUGGAGCUGAAGAAAAGGCUCAAGAAGCUCGCAGAGUCGUUGGGACGCAAGUGAGCUGCGUCCGGCAGAUGACCUUGAAAGUAGGGUGACUAUAGUCCUGCUGUGCCUGUGGUAAUAAAAUACCUGCUGCCUUACAACACGAGAGCCUGGCAUUACACUAGUAUAUCAAUAUGAAACAUGUAAAUCAGGGAUCCAUUAAAAAAUAUGGACAUAUAAAAAUACACCAGGGUGGUAAAUGUGUCUGUUAGCAGAUGUUUUGUUCGUCCUGUUAUUUCAUUUUUUUUUAUACAUUCCUAGACUUAAGUGUUCACAUUUUGUUUCCUCUCCUGUCCAAGAAAAGCGACUUUAAUUUACUGCAGCUCUGUCUAGAACUUUUUAUUGAAUUUGAAGCUUGCAUUAUAAUUACCUUGAAUAUAUGAACUGUGUCUUAAAAUGCAAAUACUCAUGCCUGAGUCUAGCUGUCUUAUUUAGAUCGACUGAAAGAAGAUGUUUACGCAACUUUUCACCACAACCACUGUGGUGUCUCUUCUCCCUGAUAUCGAAGUUAAAUAAUGUUGCAAGAAAAGAACAUAAAUUUGUGUCAAGACUCAUCUGCAAAAAAUUAAGUGUCAAUUAUUCCACACCUGGAUAUAUAUAUAUAUGUUUCUAUGUAAUGAUUUUAACUGUUUGCUUCUUGCCAUUUAUCAGUCUGUUGUGACAGAUAAAUAAUCCAUCGGUACUUAUUUUAUUCAAAUAAUUAGUCUAUGGUUGUUAAUUCGUCCAAUCGUCCCAUAAUCUUAAUAUUUACAAAGAGUACAUUGGGAGAAAAUAUGAGAUAAGGAAACAAAGUAAUCUUUUAAGGUGACCUGUUGUUUGGACUGUAUGCUCAGUGUAAUGUUAUUGCUUGUACUGUGAAUGCUUGGAGUUUGCCACUGUUAUAUUUAGCCAAAUUUCUGCAGGGAAACGGUUCAAAGCGAAACCGACAAAAUUAACCUUCUGCUUAUUAAUUAACAUGUGAACGCUUUGAUGGUAAAAUAUCAUGAAUGAAUCAGCAAAUUGUUUGCAGACAGGAAAAUGCGCUUUAAAAAAGUUGCCUACAACAAAAAAUAUAUUUGUUUAGAUAAGCAUUUUUAUUACGGUUUUGCAUAUUUCACAUGUCAGAGUUUACAUUUUAAUUUUGGCAUGAAAUGGAGAAUUACAAUUCAUUGCAGGAAAUAUACAGUGUUUGUUUUUCUGUUGAAUGAUCAAUAAACGUUGCCUGAACACAUCACAA